UGCGCAUGCGCGUCAUCUCCGUCGCUCCAGUGAGUUUGAGCUGCAGCGCGUUUCAUUCCAGACGCGCGUGUUGGACAUGAGCGCACAUCCUUACAUCUAAAGAACGCGAUUUAAACUAGUUUCAGAAGCUAUCUUCGGGUUUUCUUCACACAGACAGUCUUCGGGUGAUUGCGUGAUUAUGGGCUGUUCGUCUUCCAGCACCCAGACGCUCGCGCAGGAGGACCGCCCGGGCGUCAAAGCGGAGGACGCGCGCGGGGAAACUCUGCUCAAUGGUAAUGGGAUUGUAGCAGAAGUCAGUGAGACCAUCUCAGACCAGAUGCAGUUGCCGGUUCAGAGCAGUGUUCUGGACCAGAUGGUUCCGGGACCGGCGGAUACGGAGAACCAGGACUGGAAACCCGAGCAGACAGCGGUCAGCGGCAGUGAUGCUGCUCUGGAGGCCAUAGAACCAGCAGACGUUCUUGCUGCUACAGAACUCAUCAUCACUACAGCUGCAGAAACAGUCCUAGCUCUGGAACCAACAUCAGAUCUCACACCAGUUCAGCUCAUUCCCACUCCAGAACCCAAGCCAGCUGAGCUGACGUCAGCUCCAGAAUUACCAUCAGAUGUCCCAGUGGAACCAAGCCCUGCUCUAGAACCAACUCCAGCUCCAGAACCCACUCCAGCUCUCGAACCCACUCCAGUGGAACCAAGCUCUGCUCUAGAACCAACUCCAGCUCCUAAACCCACUCCAGUGGAACCAAGCUCUGCUCUAGAACCAACUCCAGCUCCAGAACCCACUCCAGCUCUCGAACCCACUCCAGUGGAACCAAGCUCAGCUCUAGAACCAACUCCAGCUCUAGAACCCACUCCAGUGGAACCAAUCCAAGCUCUAGAACCAACCCUAGCUCCAGAACUCACUCCAGUGGAACCAAACCCUGCUCUAGAACCAACUCCAGCUCAAAAACCUGCUCUAGAACCAGCUCCAGAACCCACUCCAGUGGAACCAAGCCCUGCUCCAGAACAAACUCCAGCUCCAGAACCCACUUCAGUGGAACCAAGCCCUGCGCUACAACCAACUCCAGAUCCAGAACCCACUCUGGUGGAACCAAGCCCUGCAUUAGAACCAACUCUAGCUCCAGAACCCGCUCCUGCUCUAGAACCAGCUCCAGAACCCACUCCAGUGGAACCAAGCCCUGCGCUACAACCAACUCCAGCUCUAGAACAAACUCUGGUGGAACCAAGCCCUGCGCUACAACCAACUCCUGCUCUAGAACCAACUCUGGUGGAACCAAGCCCAACUCUAGAACCAACUCCAGCUCCUGAACCAACUCUAGUGGAACCAAGCCCAGCUCUAGAACCAAUUCCAGUGAAACCAACUCCAGCUCCUGAACCGACUCCAGUGGAACCGAGUGCAGCGCCUGUGAUGGAGGCAGUAGCUGCAGAGGGGGCCGGAGAGGAUGCCGGAUCUGCUGAAACCCACAGAAACUGAAGACUGGUGUUGGAGCGCUCACUCAGACGUGCCUUCUGUUCUCUGCGAGUGUGUGUGAUUCACACACAUGUAUGAGUCUUUCUAUAGCUUUAGUGUUGUUGUUAAUGGCCAGGAAAAUGCCUUACCUCGUCAAACACGAGCGAUAAACCUAAACUCCUCCGAGGAACACGAGCCGUGUGUGUGUGUGUGUGUGUGUGAUGCUCAGAAGGGUUCUGUCUCCUAUAUGUGUGUAGUGCCGUCUCUGCUCAGUUUGACUCGUGUGUGAAUCGGAGAAGUGUAUUAAUCAGUGAUGUCGGGUUACUGUAAUCUGUAGUUUGUGGUGAUUGAUGGUUAUAAACUCUAACGAAGCUCGUGAUCGGAUCCGCUUUAACUCUCAGACCUCCGGAAGGACAGCUGUGUGUGUGUCUGUGUGCGUGUGUGUGUGUGUCUGUGUAUGAGCGUGUGUGUGCCUUCAGCUGCUCAUUAUAAAGCUUUAUUAAACUGUGACAGGAUCUGUGUCCUGUGUGUCUCUUUACAUUUAUACAUGCACAGAAUAAAUACUGUUACUAAUAAAAUAAUUAUAUAUUGAUUUGUCUUUCAUAAACAUGUUCUGGAUUUUAAUUACAGGAGAAUAUUGCAGUUGAUCUUGCAGUAAAAUAAAUGAGAGCCUGAAAUGAAAUCUCUCUCUCUCUCACACACACACACACACACACACAC